AUGCAGUUCUACAAAGAGAGAAUACUCAAUGCUGCCCAGUUAAAAAGACUAAGUGAACACAAAUAUUCUUGUACGAGUGCCAGUAUAUUGGAUGCAUGGCUCCAGCCGUGGUGGUGCUGGCUAGUAUCUAAAACGCCGCUAUGGCUUGCGCCGAAUCUCAUCACAAUAUUAGGUUUAAUAGUAAAUGUAGUCACCACACUUAUACUAGUUUGGUUCAGUCCCGACGCGAGGCAGGAUCCUCCGCGGUGGGCGUGCGCACUAUGCGCGCUAGGAGUCUUCAUCUACCAGAGCCUGGACGCUAUCGAUGGCAAGCAGGCACGACGCACAGGCAGCCAGUCACCGCUGGGCGAGCUCUUUGACCACGGCUGUGACAGCAUAUCCACCGUGUUUAUAGCGCUGGGCGCCUGCAUAGCUGUCAAACUAGGAGAGUACCCUACAUGGAUGUUCUUCCAGUGUUUCUGCGCGAUGACUCUGUUCUACUGCGCUCACUGGCAGGCGUACGUGACUGGCACGCUCAAGAUGGGCCGGAUAGACGUCACGGAGGCUCAGUACUCCAUCAUCGCCAUCCACCUCGUGUCCGCCAUACUUGGCCCCAGCUUCUGGGCCACUCAGAUCCCCCCGCUGGGCGUGCCGCUGAGCCUGCAGGUUACCUCGAUGUGCUUCGCCGCACAGUUUUACUUUGCCACCAACUUUUUUUCUACAUUCCGAGUUAGGGGAUGUGGCAAAAACGGAUCGACCGUCGCCGGCACCAGUAUCCUGUCGCCGGUGAUCCCGUUCUCGCUGGUGGUGGUGCCGGCCUUCAUCAUCUUCCAGAAGAGUGAGUCCAACGUGUACCAGCACCACCCGUCUCUCUACAUCAUGGCCUUCGGUAUGGUCGCCGCGAAGGUCACCAACAGGCUUGUGGUUGCUCACAUGACAAAGAGUGAGAUGGACUACUACGACUGGUCGCUGCUGGGCCCUGCCAUGUUAUUCCUCAACCAGUACUUCAACCACGCGCUGCCAGAGUACUACGUGCUGUGGCUAUGCACGAUCUGGGUGUGCGUGGACCUGGUGAGAUACUGCGGCCAGAUCUGCCUGGAGAUCUGCGGGCACCUCCGCAUCCAGUUGUUCCGCAUCACGUCCCCGCCGGCGGGCGCCGCCAACGUGAUAACGGUGGCGAGUGAGAGCGAGAGGUCGGACUCCGAAGACGUAGUACCAUUAAUUAAUAACAAUUCUAUUAGUUAA